GCCUCCAUUUUGAUGCGGGGUCGGGGCAGUGGUUGAGGCUUGGGGAUGGUGUCGGUGUCGUUCCCUUGGGCAGCGUCGUGACCCUGCUUGGAUGCGGGGCCAGCGGCGGGGACGACCCGCAUCGGUGCGGUGACGGGAGCCGGGCUCGCCUCCCCCUCCCGGCAGCGGAGGAAGCGAGCCGUGAGGGCAGCGGGGGGGGCCCGGUGUCCCCUCAUCACCGCCCCGGGUAAAGGAUCCGGAGGCAGGGGAGAAGAUGAGCAGCGAGGCGCUGUGGCUUUUCAAGCAGCUGAAUCUCCACCUGGAGCAGGAGGGGCGGUUUCAGCCCCGAGAGAAGGGGCUCAGCCUCAUCGAGUGCGCCGCAGAGAAUGAAAAUACUCUAUGUCCGAGACAAAGGAAUGCCAAGGUGGAAGAUCUUUGGAGUUUGACCAACUUCUUUGGUUUUGCAACUGAAACGUUUGUUUUGGCUGUGAAUAUUCUGGACAGAUUCUUGGCUCUUAUGAAGGUGAAACCAAAGCAUUUAUCUUGCAUUGGAGUUUGUUGUUUCCAACUGGCUGCCCGAGUAGUCGAAGAGGAAUGCAAUAUUCCAUCUGCUCACGAGAUCAUCCGGAUCAGCCAAUGUAAAUGCACUGUGUCUGACUUGAAGCGGAUGGAAAAGAUAAUUUCAGAAAAGUUGCACUUUGAAUUUAAAGCUACUACUGCCUUAACCUUCUUGCACUUGUACCAUACUAUUGUACUCUGUCAUACCUCAGAAAGGAAAGAAGUAUUGAAUCUUGACAAAUUGGAAGCACAGCUAAAAGCUUGCAACUGUCGUCUAGUCUUUUCUAAAGCAAAACCAUCUGUCUUGGCCUUGUGCCUUCUCACUCUAGAAGUUCAGACUCUGGAAUCUGUUGAGCUGUUCGAGAUCCUUCUGCGUGUUCAGAAGCAUUCUAAGAUAAGUGACAGUGACCUACUUUAUUGGAGGGAGCUGGUCUCAAAAUGCCUAGCAGAUUAUUCCUCUCCUGAAUGUUGCAAGCCUGAUCAUAAGAAGCUAGUUUGGAUUGUUUCUAGACGUACAGACCAGAAUCUACAAAACAGUUACUACAGUGUUCCCGAGUUGCCAACAAUACCAGAGGGUGGAUGUUUCAAUGAAAGUGAGAGUGAAGACUCUUCUGAAGAUAUGAGCAGCGGAGAAGAAAUCCUUAGCAGUUCUCCUCCGAGUGAUCUGGAAGGCACCUUCUUCUUCGAACUCAAACCUAAAACAAAGUGGCAAGCUCUUAGCUGUCAUUCUUAGCAUCAAGUCUUGAUUGUAAUAGGUUGAAAUUUUAAAUGCACCAUAGAGUGUUUUGGCAAUAAUAAGUGAGGUGGUAAUGUGUGAACUGUAUUAAGGCAAGAAUUGCUGUGGUAUAUAAAUGCCUUGCUUUCUUUGUUGUUGUAAUUUUAAGGAAGGCAAAAAAAUCCCAUUCAGGUCCCCAGUUCAGCAAAAAAGUUCAUGUAUAGUUCUGUUGUCAAUAAGCAUAAAUGUAGUUCUGUAUCUGUUGGUCCAAAAUGCAUAGCAGCUGCACGCACAAAUAGUAAUGGAAGCUGACAGCAUACUGGGCUAUGUUAACAGGAGUGUAGCUAGUAGAUAAAGGGAAGUAGGGUUUUUUCCCCUCCCUUUACAUGGCAUCCUCAUGUGGAACAGUGUCCAGUUUGGGGCUCAAUAUGUUGAUCAACUUGCACAAGUUCAACAGGGAGCUGCCAAGAUGGGUAGGUGAUGGGGGGCACAGGACCUGUGAAGAGAGGCUAAGCAAAAUGAGCUUAUUCAGCCUCAUUCAGCAAAAUGGUCUUUGGGGAUGGAAAUGGGACUGAACAGCAGGCUUUUGGUAUCAAAGAGAAGUUUGUGGAGGAGAUUAUUUCAGGGUCUUGGCUGAGAAGUGUGGAGCAAGAAUGCAGUUCUCAUGGAAGGAGUUUUCUCCAUGGGGUCAGUUAAACGUGAAAGUGGACAAAGAGGCUGUGCAGUCUGUCCUGGGGAGUGUGCAGGGUUCAGCACUGACACAAUCCCAAGCUUGCUUUGAAUUCAGUGUUGACCCUUCUUUGAGCCAGGAGGUUGGGUGAGAGUCCUCUUGAGGGCAUGUCCACUCUUAGCCAGCUUGAUCUAAUCCCAAAAUACUGCGUAGGUAUGUGGAAUGAGAGGUAUCUGUCAUACCAGACUGAAAUGAUUUACUGUCAAAUGCUGAAAGUGCUUUAACACUUGAUAUACUGUGCACCUUUUCAGCAGUAUUUUGAGUUUUGUACUCUAAACAUUUUUUUUUAAAAGCUUAUUUUUUGUAAACUUGAGAAAUACCUGUUUCCCAACAGGAGUAUGCAUGGCAAGAAGGACGUUUCCAGUUAAUGCUAGAUUUCACUGAAAGGAUAGUAUUCAGUGUGUGGCUGGGAGUAUCAUAUUUUCUUUAAUGCAGAUGGUUUUUACACUGAAAUUAACUUUGUCAAUUUCAGUGUGUUUAAAAUGCUAACUGUUAACAUGUCAAUCCAUACUACUAGCUUAGACUUAUUAACACGGUAAAUCUUGGUAAGUCUACAUUCCUUUAAAUAUUUAACCCUUGUAGUUGUUUUUCAGUAUAUUCAUGUUAUUGAAUCAUCCUCAGACUUGUUUGCAUGCUUAUAUAGGGCAGUUAGUGCAGGAAAAGUUGAUAUUAUGCAGUAAUAUCAGGUAUAUGUGAUGUUGAUGAAGUAGUUAAUGUAAUGGGUUGUGUUCAGACCUUGCUUUAUUAAAGCACAAAUUGAAGUAUGAUUGGUUUCUGCAUACUGAGGACACAGCUAGGUAGCAAGCAGACUGAGUAGCUCAGAGCAAUGGCGUGAAGUGUGUUGGUGCCAAAGUAGAAAUGAAGGAGCAAACAAGCUAAAAGCUGUUUGGUAGGUGCAAACCUUCUUGUAGAAAGGUAAGAUCAGUGCUGUGAGUUCAUAACUGUUAUGUGAUUUCAGUUUCAUAAAAAUAUGAAAACGUUUACAAAAAAUGUAUAUGAAAAUGUAAAUUACAAAAUGUACAGAAAAAAAAUUAAAUGAGCAGAAAAUACUGUAUUUUUUUACAUUGUAUGUAACUUUUUGUAGGUAUGUUGCAUGUACAUAGUAAUUUAUUGUGUACUCUGUAUGUUACAAAUACUGUACAUCUGCAGGACUUGUUACCGCAAGUCCUGCAGCUGGAAGCUCACUUCUCAAAUGGAGUACUUUGGUUGCAGGUAACAAACCUCCUGAGUCUUGUUUCAGUUGAGAACAAAAAUAAACCAAGUGCUGUAUUUGUUAA